UUUGAUCCUUUUUCUUCUCUGUUCCUCCCCUUGUUUAAGCGACCACCUAUUAUCUCCUGAUAAGACAGACUGAAUGGUAGGCAUUUUUCACAUGCUCAGUUUUGUGUGUAUUGCUAGAGAGAGAAGAUGUGAUCAGCACAGGGUCAAUCAGAACUGGUCAGACAGUGGUCAGGGGUUUUGCAUCCUAGAGCAGAAAGAAAACUCCUCUUACAGGAUUUAGCUAGUGCUUGGGUGAACAAUAGAAGAAGCCACAAGACUGCUCUAAUUUCUCAUGAGAAAAGGUAUUUAGCAGUUUAUAUUUACUAA